UACAGAGAGAGACGCAAAAACAUUGUCAUUCACUACUGCGACUACCCUUACUUUUCCCACCAACCUCGAAGCCUUGCUUUGCUGCUGGCGGAAACUCCGAAGUUCUCUUCUCUCUCUCUUCACAUUUCACAAAUCACAACCCUCCCUAACUAUUCUAUAACUACCUUCUCUUCCCUCUCAGAUUUCAUUUCUCGCCUCAGAUCUCCUUACUACAAAAAUGCAGAGCGUGGCUUUCACUCUCUCUCCCUCCCUCCCUCUCCGCACUCCCCACGCGCCUCGCUCCGCCUCCCUCUCUUUCCAUCCAUUGCGUCUCUCUGCUUCCAAAUCCGAUCCCCUUACCUCCAAUGCAACCUCUUCUUCCUUCACGCGCCGAUCCUGGCUUCAUUCUUCUUCCUCCUCCUUUAAGUUCCGCCCGCGCAAUUCCGAUCUCGACGACCGCGCUCGCUUCGAGGCAAGAGCCGCCUCCGUUCCCGAAAGCGCCAGCGGAGACGCCGCUGCCUCCGGCGGCUUGCUCAAGACUCUUGAGCUUGGCUCCCUCUUCGGCCUCUGGUACCUAUUCAACAUCUACUUCAAUAUCUACAAUAAGCAGGUCUUGAAGGUUUAUCAAUUUCCGGUGACUGUGACCCUUGUUCAAUUUGCUGUUGGAACUGUUCUUGUGUCGUUUAUGUGGGGUUUGAAUCUGUACAAGAGACCGAAGAUCACUGGUGCUCAGCUUGCAGCAAUAUUGCCACUGGCUCUCGUGCAUACUUUCGGAAAUCUUUUCACCAAUAUGAGUCUUGGAAAGGUGGCUGUGUCGUUCACUCACACAAUCAAAGCCAUGGAGCCUUUCUUUUCAGUGGUCUUUUCCGCAAUGUUCCUUGGAGAGAUGCCUACACCAUGGGUGGUUGGUUCCCUUUUGCCUAUUGUUGGUGGUGUUGCAUUGGCAUCUGUGACUGAGGCCUCUUUCAAUUGGGCUGGAUUUUGGAGUGCAAUGGCUUCCAACGUGUUGAAUCAAUCUCGUAAUGUUCUUAGCAAAAAAGUCAUGGUUAAGAAAGAGGAUUCUAUGGAUAACAUAACCCUCUUCUCUAUAAUAACGAUCAUGUCCUUCUUCUUGUUAGCACCUGUGGCUUUCGUCAUGGAGGGUGUCAAAUUUACCCCUACUUACCUGCAAUCUGCUGGUUUAAAUGUGAGACAAGUGUACAUUAGAUCUGUACUUGCUGCACUCUGUUUCCAUGCAUAUCAGCAAGUUUCUUACAUGAUAUUGCAGAGAGUAUCACCUGUUACUCACUCUGUUGGCAACUGUGUGAAGAGGGUUGUGGUCAUUGUUAGCUCUGUCAUCUUCUUCCAAACACCUGUCUCUCCUGUGAACGCUUUCGGAACUGCUGUAGCUCUUGCUGGAGUUUUCCUAUACUCAAGGGUGAAGAGGAUUAAGCCAAAGGCCAAGACAGCUUAAUUUUCAAAUGGUAAAAUUUUGUCGUUGCAUGAAAAAAGCAGCAGCCAAAUAGCUACAUCUCUAAUUUAUUUGUAGGUCAGAUAGGGAACUUGAGGAUUACCUCUUAUCCGUCACCUUUUUUGUUUUUUGUUUUUUGUUUCUUUUUUUUUUUCUCUCUUAGCUACCUUGUGGAUUUCAAUAUUCUGAGUAAGUGCCCAUUGAUUUUGCUACAUGAAAAAAUUUAUCAGCUUCUGAAUUUUGCUCAAAUACCUCAUGAAGGUGUGCGUGUUCUUAAUGUAAUAUUUGCUUACAUGAAGCAUAUAUGUAAUCAUCUAUUGAUUUGGUACA